UGGGAGCCGCAGUAGAAGAAGACCGGUGGCGAGUGCAGUGGCGCUUGCGGGUUUGCAAGCGCGCCGUCUCGCGCUUAACAUACAGUUUCUUUUUGUCUAAUUGUUUUUUGACUUAGCGUAACAACGUUACUGAACAAUUUCACGAUGGCCCUCGAAGAUCAAUCAUCGGCGGAGCUCUCCAAAGGGUUGCGCCUGCUGAAACACACGUGCCUGCUGGCAGACACCUUGUUGAGCAGCUUGAUUGACCUUAUUCCCAGUUGGAUCUCCAGUUAUAUCCGAUGGUGCCCCACUUCAUCUGAGCACCUUGAAGAGGCUGAGCGAAAGCUGCUGUCCUAUAUGAAGCUUCCUGUUCGGUCUUCAUUUGUGACCAUAGACUCAAUCCUGGGCUGCAAGGGCAGCCACCAGGUCCGCACCCUUCAGCUAGGUCCCAGUACGAAAGUAGCUGCAGAGGAAGAACGGGUUCCACUUGUGCUGGUGCAUGGCUUUGCUUCGGGAGUGGCUCUCUGGCUGCUCAACCUGGAUUACCUGGCCCAGGACCGCACAACGUACUGCUUUGAUCUGCUGGGCUUUGGCCGCAGUUCACGGCCACGUCUUUCGAGGGACCCUCUGGAAGCUGAAUACCAGUUUGUGCAGAGUAUCGAAGAGUGGCGAGCACAGGUUGGUCUCGAUCGCUUUGUAUUGCUGGGACACAGCAUGGGUGGCUUCCUGGCUGCCUCGUAUGCAUUGCGCUUUCCUGAGCGUGUGGCCCACCUUGUACUUGCUGACCCAUGGGGUUUCCCUGAGCGCAACACCCCUCGUCCAGCACUGCAGCUGCCAAGUUGGGUCCGUGUGGUCUCCACCUUGCUCAGCCCCUUCAACCCUUUGGCAGCUGUGCGGAUUGCAGGGCCUUGGGGUCCUCGGCUAGUAGAAAAGAUCAGGCCAGAUAUUGGAAAGAAGUACGGACAUGUGGUGGAUGAUAAUCAGACAGUUCCACAGUACAUUUACCACUGCAAUGCUCAAACACCUAGUGGAGAAUCAGCCUUCAAGGCUAUGAUGACGCAGUAUGGCUGGGCUCGAUACCCUAUGAUUAGCCGCAUUGGAGAGCUCCAUCAAGGUGUGCCUAUGACAUUCAUCUAUGGCUCAAGAUCUUGGGUUGACAAACAGCCUGGUAUUCGUGUUCAGCGACUUAGGCAAGAGAGCGAAGUGGAUGUUGAGAUCAUUGAUGGUGCUGGCCAUCACAUCUUUGCUGACAAACCUGAUCAAUUCAAUGAAAUUGUGUCGAAGAUCUGUCGUGGAGCAGAUGCAGCUGAGAAGACAAAUCGUGCCUUGGCUGAGGAGAAGGAAAGAGAGGAGCGGGAGCAGAGAAAAAUGAUACAUCGGCUUGCUCUCUGAAAGGCUUGCUAAUAGAUGCUAUUAUACUUCAUUUUGGUUUAGAACCACAGCACCUUCAUUGGCCUGUGUUUAAAAUUAUUGUCAUCAGCAUUCACUCGAGUGAGGAAUUAAAUGCCAAAUGCGGCAGAUCGUAGUUGCAAAAAUUUUUCUACAUUCUAGUAUAGCAAACCUAGACUUAUACCACCACUUCAUUAUUUUAUUGUUUCCUUGUGCAAAAAUUGCUCACAGACUACUUUGCAUGAUUGGAGGUGCAUAAAAGAAUGGUCAGAAGACAGGCAUGUGUACGAGUCUUGGCAAGGAAGUUUCUACUAAAGGAUGAUUGUAACUGUGCUUGUUAAAUGGCCAUGUGCAAAAGCAAGUUCGCACUCAGAUGACAAUUUUCUUAUCGCAUAACAGUAUGAAAGUCACUGCUUGGCCUAUAUUGCAGUCUGAACUAUUUAGUUCUAAGUAUGAAGCUUUUGAGAAUGGCUAUGCUUGAGAGAUAGAUAGAGAUUAUAUUUUCGUAAACGGCCUUAACAGUCGUGUGCGGUGCGUGUGUAUUUUGGCCCUUUUCUGAAACUUGCUUGUGAACUUCAAGCACCUUCUCCUUCGGGUCACUGUUGUGCACUUGUAUCUUUUCCUUCCAUUGUUCACCAAGUUGCUGCUAUGAGUGUUCUGUCAUGAAGUUAAUCUGCGAUUAGGAAUGUGUGGUUGAUCUGGAGAGCCAACUUGAGUCAUUUGAGUUAAGUCUUAAUCUGCCAUUUGGAAAGAAAAAUAAUGUUGGACCAUAGUGAAAGCUGUCAUGGCAGCCUAUUUUGGAAACAGUACAGCUUACACUGAGUCUGCUUCUCUGCGAUUAAAAAAGUGUCAAGAUCAUUUCACAUAUAACUGCUCUUACUGUUGAAGUGAGCCUCAUAGUGUCAUAAAAUGCAGCCAGCAUUCCAAAGCGACAAAGUUCUGCAUUAAUGUUUACUGAGAAUGCUAGAACAAUGCAAGGUUAUUUGGAGUGAAAGUGACAUGAUUCUAUCUUGAACUUCUGGCUUUAAUCCAUGCCUUCAUACAGUCAUUUGUGUGAAGGUGCAGGCUAGUGUGCAGUAAGUGCUAAACUUGAGUCCACUUCACAUUGACAUAUAGAAAGUGGAUUCUGUGGUGAAGCAGAAAUGCCUAAUCGAGAUCAACCAAUGGACUUUACUGUUUGUCAUCUGCUUUUAUGACGCUAUUAUUUGCAGUCCUUAAGGCUAACUGAGGCUGUUAGGGGUUGAGCACACCACCACCCAAUGUCAUUCACCUGCUAGAGUUUAACAAAAUGCUAAUAUUUUGUCAUAGAUUUUUCUUCUCAAAUCUAACAGUCAGCCUCUGUAGGAGAGGUUGUAGUGACUGAAUUAGGUUAAAUGAAAUUACUUGAAUUAAAACAAAUCGAGUACUUCAAGGAGCAGACUUAUUUUUGCCUCUAUAUGGUGACUAGCCCCAUGACUUCUUUCUAUAGCCAUUCUUAUGAUGCAUAGAAAUUUUUAGGUAACUUGAAAACAUCACACAAAGAUCACUUCAUUGGUCGGGUAAAACAUUGAUUUAGAGUCUACACAAAAUGGAUUAUUUUUUAUGCGCAGCUGAAAUUUUUGCUAUGGGUGGCUGAGGAUUAUGAACAAAUUUUUUGUUAAAAGUCUUUUGUUACUGUUUUUGAGAUUUUACUGUUUUUGCUUAGAGAGCUGGUCUCUGUUUGUGGGAAUUCCUCGAGCCACUUAAUCACGUUCUUCUUGAAGGAGAUGCACUGUUUCUUCAGAAAAGUGACCCCAUGCAAGCUGUGCAAGCCAUGUUUAUUUCAUGUUAGUACACUUCUCAGCCAAAUAUUUUUGAAUUGUUAGAUACUUCAAACCCUAAAACUAACCCUUGAAGCGAACUAAGCCUAAAAGGUCAGAAACCCCCAACUUGCCCAGUAAAUUACAGCAUAAAAAAUGCUCCUGUGAUAUCUUGAGUUGAAUAGGAAAUUUAGUUUAGUGAGGUCAGGUAAAAUGUAACCUUGUGCCCAGUGAAGUGCGCAAAUUCUGCUGAUGUAUUGUUGUACAGAGUGGACGUUAGCAAAAGACCAGUUGCGGCAUUCAUGUUAAUUUGACUGCUGGUUAAUAUAUCCCUUGUCUCACCAAAGUUUUGCGAGUGGGGAAGGCUGCAGUGAUUUCUUUAUGCAGUGUCAUAAGUGGGUUUGUGCGGCUCAAUUGAACAAGUUUAAAAGAUAAAAUCUAAGUUAAUGUACUUUAGUCAUUUAAUAGAAACUAGCCUUUUGGCACUGUAUGUACACUUGUAUGUGCCAACAGAACGCCUCAGAAUCCCAAGCACUGUAAAGGUACACUAACGGCAAAUAUUUAGUCGACAUGGACAGAAACCUUGCAGUGCUUGUCUUGUGCCAGCUUAGUUCUUUUGUUCCACAGAAACUCGCAACUAAGGGGCUACAUUCCUCUAGCACAGUGCAAAUCGCUCGCCACAAGUGAGGAGACGUGACACUGCGUACGUCAUCGCUGCCCUUUACUGUUGUCAAUGGGUAAGAUGGCGCCCAAGAGCUGACACUAUGGCUUUUUGCAUAAAACACAGAAGCAUGGCCAGAAACCACCCAGAAACACGACAUGGACAUGGCAUAUUCUGCUAUUUGCAGUUAGUAUGAGCUUUGUGAGCCAGCCAAACCAGCAGAGCACAAUGUGAUACUGAAAAUACCAAAAUGUGAAAGCUCAGGCACUGCAGAGUUGAGAAAAAAUGACACCUUUAGAAUAGCUGCAUCAUUUUCAAGGGUGUAACGUAAAUGAGUUCUUUUUUCUAAGAAUUAAAUAGAAGUAGACAAGUAGUAAUUUCUUCUGUAUUAUAUCCAAUGACUUUUUUUAUUAUCAGUGUUCGAGCCCUAGUGACACAAUUAUAAUGAGGCAUUACGACAUCAUUGGCCUGUUAAAUGCCGAUAUAACGAAGUAUUUAACUUUUCGUAACCUCUUGUCCAUAGAAUCCAUGUAUUUAGAACCUCAAUGUAACGAAGUAUGCAUGCAAUUUCAAUAUAAAGAAAUUUCACUGUCGCCACAAAGGAAUGCCGAGACCAUAAAUGGAAACUUCCGCGGGUGCAGAUGGUCAAAUCAUUGGUUUACAAGCGGCUACUUGCAAACGCACAAAUCGCGCGCCGCGUGAUACAAGUGGCUGCUGAAGUGGAGCCCCAUCGUGCUCCAUACAGAGUCCAAGUGCGAUAAGAUCCUGUCGCGCCCCGCACUCUGUUUGCUUUUGGUGUGAGUGAAAGUGUGCGAAGGUGAGAUGAGAAAGAUGGUGGCUUCAGGAGUGCCGCCUUCCUGCGCGAGCAAACUUAAAAGAAAGGGGAGGGGAGCAAGUUGGCGAUAACUCGAUCAAGGGUGCGUAAGGGGCAGCAUAAGUUGGCGCGUGCUUCAAUGUUUGGCGCACGCCUUGGCAGUGGCUGCGCAUGGCUGUAAGCACGGCUGAGCGUAUACGCAGCCGCGCACUCUGCUUUAGAGGUAAUCAGCAUGUGCAAAGAGUGGGCGUGCCGAGAUGGCAUGACAUCACGUAAGAGGUCUUCACACGCGUUUAGUAUUAGAGGUUGCAUAAUCUCGAGUUUCGGUCACCCGUUGGUGCGAGAGGCAGACGAAGCAUGCACUCCCCCCUACCGGUGCUUUUCACAAUACAGUGAAGCCUCGUUAAACCGUAGUUGGCCGGAGCUCGGAAAAAGUACGUACUAAACGGUAGUACUGUUCAACCGAAAUAGCAUGAGCUCGCCCACUUACCUGUCGAAAACAGAACUCAGAGAGAGUGCGAUGAAAGGGGAAAAAAACAUGCAGUACUUAUUCACUUCGCCCGACAAAAGUGUUAUUUUCGUUUGGUGCCACGGCAGCCUAGCACGACGACAGUGGACUCAAACUUACUGAAGCUGCGUGCCAGCUUUUCAGCCAGCCCCCUCUUCUCAGCAAACGCUCACAUGGCAGAUUCCUCGUUGGCGUUACGUAUUCUCUGUGCACGUGCGCAGUAGUGCUGCAGAAGUCCCCGGGCGCCUUUUUCAUUGCUGGGUGCCGGAGUUCGGAAUACUUUUCAUUUGGAAUAGUUACGUUAUUGCGCCCGUUCUCGUUGCGAUGAUUGCAUUCAUGAGGCUGAUGUAACGCGCAGCUUCUGCAACUGUCGGGCCUGAAUCGCCCGUGCUGUCGCUUUCCGUGUUGUCCUCAUCACAGUCGCUAGUUGACACUUUGGCAAAAACAGAGGCAACGAUGGCGAAAAGUCGAACCUCGUAGCCGACAUCUCUUCGCGGUCGCAGCAGUGCUGCUGAGCAACUUCGCAUUCCAAAUGCCACACACUGUAGUCAACAGCGGAUCUCUGUCACAUGCCAAUGCCGACUUCUUCGUGUCACGUUCGAUAGCACGAACAAUGUCUAAUUUUUCUUCUAUGCUGAGCACUUGGCGUCUUUUUUAUCCGAGCUUCGGCACGAUGCGAGUCCUCGCUUGCACGAAGCCACAACGCUUUCUGGCACGAGGUCGAAAUAAUGUUGAUGUUGAUGUGGCUUCAUGCGCAAACGCACAGGGUGCUUGGAGGCCGUUGUUCCGAUCUCUGAGGCUUGUUUGCGCAACGAAAAGUGGAAACGCUACGUUUUAAUCGAUGCGUAUGUGAUAAAUAAGCUGGUACAGCUUAUGUGGAUACAAAACACAUUAUGUUCAAUGGCCGCUGAGUCGGGGAUUUGACUUUACUACUUUUAAAACGAAACUACUGUUUAAGCGGGUACGGUUUAACGAGGUUUUACUGUAGCAUCAUACCAGUGGGCGACGCUAUCAGCCAUGGUGGUGGAGUGCAUGCGAAAAUGUGGCUGGCUUUGCUUAAUUCGUACCGCCAAUGUGAAGAUAUCAUAUAAGUGGUAUGAAACCAUAUCAUUCGUCGCAGACUCCCAAAUUCAUGAAAAUGAAUUGUUUUCUCAUUCAAAUUUCCUUUUUUUGAUUGCCCGAUAAUUCGAAGAACUCUGUGGCCCCUUUCUGUUGAAGAAAAAUCGUUUGGCGACUGUACUUAUUUGCAUAAAAGGUUGAAUUUCAAUACAAUGAAAUUUCGUUAUAAUGAAGCAAAUUGCUGAUUUUACGAACUUCGUUAUAUCGUGGUUUAACUGUACUAGUAUCUCCUAGUAGAGUCUCGAUCCGUGUUCACCAUCUACGUCAAUUUAUCGUUUACUAAAGCUCUGUUCCCGAUAAUAUUUGAUCAAGCAGUAUUGUGUCACUUUAGCUCGAUUUAAUACUUGCCUUUGGUGUCUUCAAGAAAAAUGAUGACGUGUGAAGCAUGUUGUAUGUAUCCUAAGAACUAUGAUGGCGAGCAGACACUGGCAGUGAGUAUGCAAUAAGAGGAGGUUGAGUGUUAUCGCGGUUGUAGUUUCGUUCUUUCCUCCAGUUCCCGCAUUCCCUGGCAAAAGAUGGCUGCCCACACCUAGAAGCACUGUAAAUUACGGUUUAAUGAAAGGCGUUCAUCUCCACCGUGAUGUCAUGGAGAUAAGCAAACAUAAUUUUCUGGCAUCUCUGUACGAAUUUUCGUUGAGUUGGACAGUGAGUUUGGUGUUGCCGUUUACUAUAGUGUUCCCACCCAUCCCCAUUUGAAGCUGGUUUAUCACCUCAUCACACUGGAACAUAAGAGUUUGUUUGAUGGUCUACUGGUGGAUAUUUUGUGAGGCGAAGUGUGUUGCAAUUUGGGUUAUAUAGCCGCAUCAAUGCUGCUUUCAGUUUUGCAGGUGAACCUAUUGUAUGCAUGUACUCGGGCCACUGUUAGCUUUUCACUCGGCUGACCUGUCUGAGUGUUGAUGAUAUUCUACGUGCACUGCAGUUCAUUUGGUAUAGCUUCUUUCAAGGUUGAUAUGUAGGAACGCAUAAGAAAUUUAUUCAUUCCAUUUUGUUGUAGGGAAAAUGGCUUAGGUAGUCAAGUCUUCCUUUAGCACAAAAGCAGAUGUCCUAAAAUGGCCAUGCUGAAAAUAUAACAGUAGGUGUAUCUAUGCAGAAAAUGUCUGUUUUUAGACAACUUUCAUUGAUGUUCUUUUAAUGCUAUCUAGCAUCUUCUGUCACUGGGUUGAUACGAUACUGGUACCACAAUGAGUUGCUUUCAGAUAUGACUCACUCAGCGAACUUUGCCCUUUUAGAUGUGCUCUCUGUAGUGGUAUGACUAUAGAAAGACUACUACAAGACGGAAGGCAAGUAGGUUGUGCAAGGUUUGGGCAUUAUAAGGUUUGAUGUGUUCCUUAUUGAAAAUGGCAUGACAUGUACGGGUUACUGUCUUGUUGUAUUUUUUUUCCACCUUGUUUUCAAUCCCUGUUACGUUUUGUUAAAUUAAAGUGCUUGUAAUACUUCUAUAAAUGUUUUGUGGACCUUUCACAGUUUCCUCGUUAAGUGUAUUGUACUUGUUUGGAUGCUCAGCUCCUUGCUAUAGUAUAAAGUAUAUCGUAAUGGGGAAGCCUUAUAAACUGCGCUUCUUUGUUGCUAUGCUUGUAAGACUUGAACACAAAUGUUUUGUCAUGAAGAGGGUUGGUACAUUUUAAGUUGGGGCUACUUCUGUUUGCACAUACUCUAAAUAGAGAGCAAAUGUUUCUUGUUAUUAGUGUGAUCUCCAUCUUUUAGUUACUAAAAGUGUGGAAAUAUAGGAAAUAAGCUUCAUUUUAAAUUUUAGAAGGACUUGCAAUGUACCAACAGUUCUAUAUGCACGUAUUGAAGCUUAAAAAAAAAAAAAAGGUGGGAAGAAAAGUAAUAUUGUAGUUUUUCUACGAUUGCAAGGAUAAAAAAUAUACAGCAUUAGAGGGGAGCUGUGUUCUGUCCCUCAUGCACUGUACAGGCUACAACUGCACAGACCCUAUCGCAUCGUAAAAAGUAGCAUGGAUUUAGGGCUGCCAGUUCAACAGGGAAGAAUACGCCUCCUUCAUAGCCAAAAAGCCCUCCACCCUUCUUUUUUAGUUGCUUGAAGUAUUAGCCGUAAGCUUCCUUUCUUUUGAUUCUGAAGUUGCCUUUUCUAAGAAAAUGUCAUGUGCAAUGUCAUCGCAAAAGUAAAGAUUACCAGGCAAGUAAUGCUUGGAGUCAUGGUUAUAUUUUCAAAGGGACACUAAAGGAAAAUAGCAAGUCAAGCUAGAUUGAAAGAUUGGGCUUUUAUAAUAACAAAUUCGUCCUUUGUAAUGAAAACAGCUUUUGUAAGGGAGAAAAUUACAAAAAUAGAAAAACAGAGUAAUGCCACCUAUUGUGGACUAUGGUACCUCACACUUGUGAUGUCAGCACUGGCUGAUUCACAUCGUGUGGCUGCUAUGUUCCACCGUAUUCUGUAUAACCUCCUUGGUGCCACCACUGUGAGCUGCAUCGCUUUAAUUUUUUACGGCUGCCAAGGCACCAGCGCCACCUAGCCCGCUCCGCGGCCUCUAAGCACAGCUGCAGAGCAUGGGUAGCUUCAGUGACUCGUGCAAGUGAAACACUGGAGUUUCUAAAAGACAUCAUAAAGGGAGGUCGUGUGGAAAUUACGUCAACUUGUUCGUCUUGGCAUGGGCAAUUCAAAUUCAAAAGCAGCGGUGACAUUUGCAGACAUUGUCAGCUCCUCAGGUUGAAAAAUGUGUGUGUGUAAGUCCAGUAUUUGCGUAUCUUCAGGAUCGCCAGUCAGCCUCUAGAGUCUGUGAAGGAGUACAUUUACCUCGGUCAAUUGCUUGUAGGAGACCCUGAUCAUGAGAAGGAAAUUUAGAGAAGAAUAAAAAUGGAUUGGAGUGCAUACGGCAGACAUUGCCAGAUCCUGACUGGAAGCUUACUGUUAUCAUUGAAAAGGAAGGUGUACAAUCGGUGCAUAUUACCGGUGCUGAUAUAUGGGGCAACAACUUGGAGACUGACAAAGAAGCUAAAGAACAAGUUAAGGACCACACAAAGAGCGAUGCAACGAAGAAUGCUAGGCAUAACAUUAAUGUUGAAUUCCAAUGGCAGAUCCAGAUCAAGUUUUUCUGCUCUGUAUGGAGCAAUCCUAUUCCAAUGGCAGAAUGGGAGCGUGAGCUGUGUGUUCCAAUGGCAGAUUGGGACCAGCCGCUGAUCCCGGAUUGCUCCGUGGAGCAAAAAUAUUUGCUCCGCCGAAAUCGGCAGAUUUGAUCGGAAGUCCUUGUGACGUAUUUCCUUCACCCGCCUCUGCUUCCUGUCACGGUCGCCCGUUUCCGGUCGUGGGUAGCUAUGGACGACAUGGGAAACGUGGACGCCGCUUCGCGCCGUGCGAUUUUGUUCGCGCUCCUAGACAGCUCCGACUCAGACAGUACAACUUCCAAGUCGAGUGAUGAUUCUUCUGACACGAACAGUGAAAUGGGGUGGUGGGUUGCGCUUCCAAGCGCUUGUUCCUUUCUCUAUUCUGGCGCCCUCUCACUUGAUUUUCCUGUACGAAGCGCCCCCGCGGGAGCGCACGCAUUCCCUUCGCAGAUAUGGUGUGCGCACAUGAGAGCGAUCUCAGUCGGAGCGACGCGCUCCGACGCGAUCCGGCCGAGCGCUCGCGAUCUACCAUUGGAAUUCAACAUAAGAGACAGAAAUGGAGUGGUUUGGAUCAGAGAGCAAAUGGCUAUAGCCGAUAUUCUAACUGACAUUUAAGACAAAGAAAAAAAUGGAACUGGGCAGGUCAUGUAAUGGGUAGGUUAGAUAAACGGUAGACUAUUAGGGUUACAGAAUCUGUGCCAAGAGGAGGGAGGUGCAGUCAAGGAUGGCAGAAGUGUAGGUGGGGCGAUGAAAUUGGGAAAUUUGUGGGCAUUAGUUGGAAUCAGUUGGCGCAGGGCAGGGUUGAUUGGAGGUUGCAGGGAGAGGCCUUCGUCCUGCAGUGGACAUAAAAUAGGCUGCUGCUGCUGCUGAUGAUGAUGAUGAUGGAUAGUCAUGCGCACCCCCAAAAAAUUGCUAUGUGUAUCAGAGUACUGUCAACAAAAACAAAAAGUGCGGGUUGAGUGAGUUUAAGAGUUUCUGGUCAAUAAAUGUUGAACACUGCAUUUAUUAUUGUAAGAUUAGUCCAAUCAAAUUCUGCUAGGUAAAGUUAGUUAUUUCUAUACUCAAUUUUUUUGUGAAAGUGUGUCAUACUGCUGUGUAGUUGUGGUAUGUAGCCUCGUAGUGAUAUUUUAAUUUUAGAUGUUUUUUCUCUUAUGUUUGUAUAGUUUUUUUCCUUGUACUAGUUACGUUUAGAAAGCCGCUACAAUUCAUAGUAAAAUUUGUGCUCGUUAUCAUAAGCUCUCAGUGCGUGCUCUCAUAUGGGUCUCAAGUGUGCCAAGGAUGUCUCGGCAAGGCCAUGUGAAGUGCACGUAACUAAGUGGUUCUGCUGAUAAUCAUAGCAUCUGCACUUUCAAGGUCGUCCUUCACAGCCUAGCAGACUUAUUGUUGCCCAUCUCUAUUACAUUUAAACCUUAAUGGAAUGAAACAAUUUUAUUCCUUCUAAAUUAACAAUCUUGGUUUCCACCAAAGAGCCACAAAGCUGUUUGAUCUCUUUGGUAGAGGACAUUUGAUUGGGCAGAAUAAUGCAUUGCUGCGUUGAAUUUCGUUCGGUUGAGCUAUAAGUGACGCGACAGGUGUAGCUGUUUGUGUGGUGUGAAAACGUUGACAAAAAAAUUUAAGUGUGCAUGUCAGUUUAGUGGUGCACAAACAACUUGUUUUAGUAAAAUGAUGUUUAAUUUUCUCUUUGUCUAGUUUGGCAUGUGCCUUGGUGGAAUAACUUAAGAGUGAUGUGAAUAACAGAAAGCAAUGCUGGCAUUUUUGCAGCAAAAGAUGAGUUUUGGCCCAGUUGUUCACAUAUUGGAAUGUGUGAACAGGUGGAGUAGAAAUCUGUUCUGUCCAUUGCUUUUGACGGUGUCCUGUCUGUUGUGCUUUAUCACUGUUCCAAUUUUUACAAGUAGCUAGGAAUCAAGGGGCACCAAACUACAGGUAGUUGUCCGUAUGUAUAGAAAUAGGGUUUUGCUUUGAACUAGUGACAUUGUUUUAUUGUCAUUGUGGUGCUGUGCUGAAUUAUCACAAAUACUUGGAAGGGACCCGACUUCCUCAUUCUUAUCAUUCAUUGAAGUGAUAAUUGUCUACAAGGUUUGUAAUUCUAAUAUAAAUGUUAAAGUUUACGUAGCAUGGCAUUGGGCACCUUUGUAUGUUCUGCAUGCCUGUGUGUACAGAAGUGUAAGAAAGCUGAAAAGAGAGUGAUAAGCUUGUAUUAAGGUGCAUUUCCACUGAUUAAUUAGUUAUCUUAGUCCAAAACAUCGGUUGAAUAACUGGUAGGUUAAUUAAUUACACAGACCUACUUUGCAAGGAAAAAGUGAGACGGGUACGUGCAGUCCUAUAGAACUGGGACCAUAAAUCGUUUACGAUAUUUACAAGGUAGAUUUACUGUGUGUAGGUCUGCUGUACAUAUUUCAGUCAGUUGUAUAUCGGGCAGUAAGACCACUGUUUGUAUGUAUAUAGGAAUUAUAUAUUCUUUUUUGGUGCUAAGUUAUCUUUAUGGAUAUCUUGUAUCGAAAACUGAGUGGUUUUUGAAACCGAGUACUUCACUUGGAAUGAAGAGUUUUAUUUUCAGCUGUUGUUGUAAAGACUUCGUAGGCAUUACAUUUUCAUGUGGCAUUAUUCCUGCUAAAGUGGAGUGCCUAUCCUUGCUCUAUUUUAAUAAAAAUGUUAUUGUGACCUUG